AUUUGUAUUACAUAAAAUGUUUAUUUUUCUAUUGACGUUACUAUAAGAAUAGAUUAAAUUUCUUCACUGUUUAUUUGCCUAUUGACGUUUCUAUUAGUUAAUUAGAUGUGGCAAAACGGGUGGGUCAGAUUGGGUAACUAGUCAAAACGGGUUUGGGAUGAAGUGGGUCUAGGUCUUCUUAAACUGUUGGGAUGGAGUAUGGCAAAACUGGGUUGGAUCUUGCACAAGCAGCUCCAAAAUCAUGUUGAGUUUAAGAAAUGGAAAUGGCGCUUAAAUGCCUCUAAAACUAGGUUGGGAAUUGGCAGCUUAAAUGCUUUGAAUUUAGCGCUAUUAUAUCAUCUCAGCUAUUCAUGGCCGUGAUACAUUUGUUAUCGGUGUGGCAAAAGGUUUUCGGGUGUUUGGCUCUAAAUUGCUCAGCCAUUAAAAGGAUGCACCAGGAAAACAACAUCCCUUCUUUCAUUUUAAAGAUAUCAGAUCAUUCAUGUUAAUCUUACUCAAGAGAACCCAAAACCACUGGAAGCUGAGAAAACACUAGAGAUGACUUACUCGGUCAAGUGGACGGAAACCAUGUUACUUUUAGAGCAUCCGAUAAAUGCCUAAAAUCCUUGUGUUACAUUUAGAGGUGGCAACUAGCCGGAGUAACUUAAGAAUGGAUCAAGAUGGGUUAUGUCUUAUCCCUGACUGGCCUAUCUCCUAAAUUGAAGUUUUGCUUAAAGGAAACGGGUCCAAUUGGCUGCACAGGGAAAUGUUCAUUGGUUCUCUAUAUUCAAUUCGUUCAUGAUGGUUAUCUUCCUCACUGGCUUGGUUUCAAUGAUUCUGAUGCGGACCCUUAGAAGUGACUAUGCUAAGUAUGCUCGGGAAGAUGAUGAUCUGGAAAGUCUGGAAAGAGAUGUAAGUGAAGAAUCUGGCUGGAAGCUUGUGCAUGGGGAUGUUUUUCAACCUCCUCGCAGUCUGGUUGUGUUGUCGGCAGUUGUUGGAAUAGGAGAGGAGCAAUUGUCACUACGUUUGUCGUUUCUUAUGCUCACGUCAUUUGUGUCUGGUUAUGUGAGUGGUGGCAUGUAUUCUCGCAAUGGCGUUGUAGGAAGGAACUGGAGUGGUGCUCCAAACAACCCUUGUCGCGAAGACCAUUCCUCACCCUAUUCCUGAGAAGAAGUGGUAUCUUACUCUAUCUGUGGUCUCGAUAAUGGGAGGACUACUACCUUUUGGUAGUAUUUUACUAUUUUCAUUGAGAUGUACUUUGUCUUCACAUCCUUCUGGAAUUAUAAGGUAUUCUUCAUAAUACGAUUUGCUUUAGCUUGCUAUCCUCAAGUUUAUGCUUUUAUAAAUUCAUCUUACAUUGUCCUUGUAUCCAUACAAGUCUAAGACUAAUUAAUAUUAGCUUACAUCAAAGUCUAUAGGGUUUCUAUAUUACAAAUGUAGAAUGAGACAAGGUAGUAUUAGUCGGAAAGAGUGGUGUAAUUUUGAUGUAACUUAACCCUUGUACUUGUACUAGUCCGUAAUUACGGCCUAGUGUCAUAUAUAUACAAUCUUUACUUUUCAAAAAGAUCAAAAAAAUUACACACACACACACGCUCGAACAAACAUAUUCACUCAUGAACAAGUUAAUAGAUUACACAAACAAACUCGAACAAACACAUCCACAAAAUCCUAAAGUUAUACCCAAUAUUCAUAUUUGCAAGUUGCAACCAAAUGUCCAUACAAAAUGAAAGGCCAAAAUCAUAUAUAGAGAAAGUACACACCAUAAUAAUCUUACAAAACUAAUAAAUAAAAUAGACGAAAUAUUAGCCAAUGGUGAUAAUAACAUGAUAAUACACACCACAAAAACUUGCCAUGUGGCAGAAAUCUCAUCCUAAAGCACACUAUUUCCACAAGCCCCCUCUCUUUAUCUUCUUCAUACUCAACUUCUUCAUCACCCCCAUCUUUCUUUCUUUCUCCUGCCACCACAACCAUUUUACACAAUGGCAACAACCACCGCCUCCCUCACCGGCACCAUGGCCAGCACCACCUUCCUCCGCCGCCAACAACCAACCAUCU